GACAAAUCAACAUGAUUUUUAUAACUAUAUAUUAACAUUAUUUUAUUAGAAGAUUUGCCUCCAUCUGUUCCAUUAUUUGAUCCAACAAAGUCAAUGUAUGAUACCACUUGGUCCAUGUUUUCAUCACCAACAUCAUCAUCACCCCAAUCAUCAACAUCAAUGACCACCCGACAUUAUUAUACUUCACAUCACUCACAACAACAGCAACAACAACAACAACAACAACAGCAGCAGCAGCAGCAGCAGAUUCCCAUGCGCUCACUAUUUGAGAGUAUACCGACAACAGUAGUACCAUCACUUCCACCACCUUUGAUGAGGACUCAUGAACCUUUUUUUAUGGGAAAGCCUUUACCAUCUGUUUCAGCUCCUACACCAAUAUCCAAACAUCCUCAUGAUCAUCAUCAUUACCUUCAACUUCAACAACAGCAACAACAGCAAUUACAACAACAUCAACAACAACAACUUCUUCAACAAAGUCUAUCAUCCCCAACUUAUAACAAGAAUAUCAAUCAUGUCAAUCAUAACAACAAUAGUUGGGCUACUCCUGGACCUCCUGUCAAUCAAACAAGAUCAAGUUGUCCAAAUAUAUUCCUUGCUCCUGAUCUAUUUGCCUCGACUUCGUUACGUCGCUCAUCUAUUCCGGUCAUGGGUGGUCCUCCUAGCAAUAUAUGAUUGAAUUGAAACUAUUUAGAUUUAGAAAUUUGUGUUAGAAUAGCAUCAAUAAAAAAUAAAUAAAUAAUAAAAAAAUGAAUGGAUUAUGAACAAA